AUGCAGCUCUCGGUUGGAUUAUGCGCUCACCUCUUACUGAACUGGCUCGCAGCCGCGAUCUGCCUCGAAGACAAGAACAAGGAGUGUGCUCAAUGGGCCGCCAACGGCGAGUGCGAGAAGAAUGUGAACUUCAUGACUGUGCGGUGCGCUUUGUCGUGCGCGAAAAAACGUUCUGGAGAACGGCGGAGCGUCCCGCUGCCAGACAAGCUGCCGCUCUGCACUCAGUGGGCCGCCGACGGCGAAUGUGAGAAGAACCCGGUGUUCAUGAAGCUCGAGUGCGCAAGCUCAUGCACGACGCAGGGCGCACCUCCGCAGGACAAGAGCGACAAGUGCAAGAAGUGGGCGGAGCUCGGCGAGUGCACGCGGAACGCGGACUUCAUGUCGGUGGAGUGCGCCACGUCGUGCAAGGACAGGUUUUCCCUCCCCGACAAGAACGCGAUGUGCGAGCAGUGGGUGGCGACCGGCGAGUGCCUCCGCAACACGGCCUUCAUGGAGCUUGAGUGCGCCGCGUCGUGCCACAACCACACUCUGAGCGAGCGCGGGCGAGCAGACAACCGCACGGAGGACUGCAUCUACUGGGCCGCGCGCGGCGAGGCGCACACGGAAGGAGGUGGGCGGCAUCGACGCUCCACUCGUGAGGACCCCAUGACGCCAGCCGCGGGUCCAUCCGCGGGCUUUGAGGCGAGGACUGCCACAGGCAACGGCCACGGCGGCGAUUUGGAUCGCUCACCCGGGUCCGCAAGUGCGGCGGGCGCGGUGGCGUGGCAGCGCUGGCGUCCUCGGAUCGAACUCUCGAGAGGGCGGAUGGCGCUGCUCGUCGGAGCGUAUUUCGUCUUUCUCGUGCUCGCCGUGCUCGCCUUCCGCCACCGCUGCUGCGGCUCCUCCUCGGCCGGCGGUGCGCCGCAGCCAGGGUCCGGCGGCCGCAAGACGCGCAAGGGCAAGCACCACGCUUCCGACAUCGACACCGACUGCGAGUCCCCGAUGAGCCGCGAUCGGAGAGCGCAGGUCGGCAAAAGCCCCGGCACCUACGGUGGAUGCAACGGCGGGCUCACCUCUAGCACCAGGCUCAAGCGGGUGGUCGAGUGA